CUACAUAAUUCUUCCCUCCAUCAUCUCUGCCACUUUUUAUGCUAUCUCUCUCUCGCUCCACCCCCCAGAGAUUCUCGACUCUGCACUUAGCUAGUAGCUAUCUUCUUCACCUACUUCUAUUCUUUUCUCUUCUUUUCAUGCCAGAUCUAAUCCUAGGUUUGCCAGUCUUUACCUUCUACCAAAAAGUCUCAGGUCGCUACGACGAGUAGUACCGAGCGUCAUAUUCCAUCUUCGACUAAUCGACGACAGAUAUUGGCCUAAGAUCUCUCAGUCUGGUGGUAUCAUCCAAACGAUUACCUACCACUCUCGCGAGUGGGGCCGGGGAGAAGAAGAAGAAACAUGAGCUUUGCCUCGUGUUCAUGGCCAAUAUGGCGGACUGAUGACUUCACGACUUGUUUUCAAUCCGACUAUCUGCAGAUCCUUUUCCCGCUUGUUCUAAUAUCUCUAUCUCUCCUUCAUCUCCUCCUUCAGACUAUCUACCGGAAUGUUAGGUUAAAACGCGCCGACGGCUACGACCAAAUACCUGAUCAUAGAGAUCACACGGAAGUACCGCCAGAGGAGGAUGAUUGUAUAAGCACCGACGAUGAUGAAGGGUUAUCUAUCAAUCCGAACGGCGGUGGCCGCCUUGCCCUUAUCAAGACUACCUCCAAGGGUUCCAUUGUCCAGGCCGACACCCCGCCUGCUCAGGAUCUAUUAGUUAUCGUCGAGGAGGUUGCAAUAUGCGGAUUAAUAGCUGCCAAUAUUGUCGCCCUCGUCACUAAAACCUACAAUGGACAUGGGCAGCUUGCAGCUAUCGUCGGCUUAGUUUCUUGGGUCUACGUUCUUAUUCUCGCAACACUACGACUGUUUCUGGGGAACACUAAAUGGCGAAUCCCUCGACUUUGGAACCACACCGCUUCCAUAUAUGGCUUCCAAUGGCUUUUUACACUUAUCGUCUUUCGCUCCGUCCUCAUCCAUGCCAGCUCCAGACUUGCGCAAAUCCUGAUUAUUGUCGAGUUUUGUCUAACGACGCUCCUGUUUGGGAUAGCUCUAAACACUAGGAAGGGCAAUAAGACUGUUGUUAUGGAAUGGGAAGGGAAGAUUGAGCCGUCGCGUGAACCUUUAGCUUCGGUUCUCUCUCUGUUGACUUUCGCCUGGAUCGACCCUAUGCUCUGGCAAGGCUACAAAGAACCUCUUGAGAUUAAGCAUGUGUGGAAUCUCCUGCCGCGCGAUAAGAGCGCCACGGUACUUGCCAACUACCGCCAGGUCAAGAAAACAACGUCUCUCGCCUUGCAUUUGACCAAAUAUUUCAAGGGCAUGCUUAUUAUCCAGUGUGUCUGGGCUACUAUGGGCGGUCUUCUCACAUUUGCUCCGACGCUUCUUCUCAAGGCCAUCCUCGAAUAUGUAGAGAUGCCGGCUAGCGCCCCGAGGAAUGUGUUAUGGCUCUAUGUUAUCCUGCUUCCCCUUGCUGAUCUCGUUCGUUCUAUUGCUGAUGGUCAGGCCUUAUGGAUUGGUCGAAAGAUAUGCAUUCAGAUUCGUUCCAUUAUUAUUGGCGAAAUCUAUGCUAAAGCUUUACGACGUAAGGCGGCAAGUGGUAAGGAUACCGUUCUCGGGAACACAGACGCAACAAAAGAGACCAAGUUAGAGAAAUUGAAGAGAUUCUUCAGACUGAAGAAGAAGACGGACAAGAAAGCUGGCGCCCAGAAUGGCGAUGUCGUGAAGGAGGAUGCCCCCAAAGGCGCAGACGAGCAAGCGAACCUGGGGACGAUCAUCAACCUCAUGUCAGUCGAUAGCUUCAAGAUUUCCGAGUGCACUUCGUACUUGCAUUUUCUGCUAGCGGCCGCUCCCUCGCAGCUGUUAGUAUCUAUUGCUCUGCUCUACCAGGUGAUGGGUCUCAGUGCCAUCCCUGGUCUUGUCAUUAUGGUUUUCCUCUUGCCGGUCAAUAUCCUAUUGGCCAAAGGAUUCAAUUACACCCAGCGCAAGAUCAUGGCUGCGACAGACAAGCGGAUACACACGACGAACGAGAUUCUUCAGAACAUUCGGAUUAUCAAGUACUUCGCCUGGGAAAACCGGUUUAGUGGUAUUGUUGACGAGAAGAGGCGCAACGAGUUGAGGGCGCUGCGAAACCGUUAUAUGAUAUGGGCACUCGCUGUUGCUAUUUGGAACACGGUACCAGUCUUGAUUACGUUUUUCUCCUUCUUGGUAUACACCAAGGUAGAGCAUAAGCCCUUGUACCCAUCUGUCGCAUUCACCGCCAUUUCCCUCUUCAUGCUCCUAAGAGUACCUCUGGACCAGCUUGGAGACAUGAUCGCUCAUAUCCAAGAGGCGAAGGUUUCAGUUGAUCGUGUUGAAGAAUUCCUGAACGAGGAUGAAACCGAGAAGUAUGAACAGCUAGGUCCUGAUAACGUGGACGAAAAUGGCAAAAAGGUCAUUGGUUUCAAGGAUGCAACAUUCAUUUGGGGCGGCAAAGAUGCAAUUGCAGCAGAUGGGUCAAUGGCAUUCCGUCUCCUUGAUUUGAAUGUCGAAUUCAAGAUUGGCAAACUCAACAUUAUCGCUGGUCCCACAGGAUCCGGAAAGACCUCGAUGCUUAUGGCUCUGCUUGGUGAAAUGACCAUGACUCAGGGCAAAGUUUACCUUCCUGGCGGCCGUAGUCGUGAGGAUGUCCGACCGGAUCCCGCAACUGGUCUUACCGAAACUUGUGCCUACGUUGCUCAAUCCGCAUGGUUGGUCAACGCAAACAUUAGGGACAACAUCUUAUUUUCCGCAACAUACGACGAAAAGAGGUAUAAAGAUGUCCUUGUGGCCUGUGCAUUGGAGCGAGAUCUCGAAAUUCUGGAUAAUGGCGAUGAGACACUAGUAGGAGAAAAUGGCAUCACCCUAUCUGGUGGACAAAAGCAGCGUAUAUCCCUAGCGCGGGCCGUAUACUCAAAUUCCCGCCACGUCUUGCUGGACGAUUGCCUGAGCGCCGUUGACUCACAUACCGCCAAAUGGAUUUUCACCAAGUGUAUCAAAGGCGAGUUGAUGAAGAACCGAACUUGCAUUCUGAUUACACACAACACAACCCUUUGCGCGCCUUUAUCGGAGUACGUUGUCUUACUCGAUAAUGGAAGAGUUGAUGCGCAAGGAACAGCAGAAGACAUCAUCGCCUCUGGUAAACUUGGCGAAGAGAUCCGAACUAAAUCCCGACCAGGCUCAUCUGAUGUUUCACGCGUUCCUUCACGAGUGCCAUCAAGUGUUGGCGACGAGAGUGAUCAAACUCUUAUUGACCACAACACGAACGGCACCAAUGGCACGACGACCGCGAAUUCUACUAACAAGCAAGAGAAGCCUUUACGGAAUACCCCGCAAGAACUGAAAGCCACGGGCGCUGUCAAGUGGCCGGUCAUCAGCCUUUACCUUCGAGCUAUGGGCACCUGGUGGUUUUGGGUCAUUGCUUUUAUCGUUUUCGGUGGUCAACAACUCAGCAGUGUCGCGUCGAACCUGUGGAUCAAGGAAUGGGCCAACCAGUAUACUUCGGGCCUCGAGAGCAUGUCUGCAUCUGGGACAUACUCUAGCAUAGCUUCGCGGCUUUCUUACAGUUCUUGGCUAUCACCAGCUCAAUUUGCGUCGGUCACGAGCUCUGUCAAAAGCAUGUCCUUCAUCAAACCCGCGGACUAUUCAGCUACUGAUGUACCGGAAGUCAACGUGGACUAUUAUCUCACCGUUCUCGCGUUGAUAGGAAUCGCGGGUGCGGGGCUGGCCUUAACUCGCGAUCUCUGGCUGUUCUUUGGAUCUCUCACAGCAUCUUGGAAACUUCACAACAGGCUCAUGUCUGCUGUGGCUCGGGCAAAAUUCAAGUUCUUCGAUGUUACCCCACUCGGACAGCUAAUGAAUCGGUUCAGCAAAGACCUCGAGGCCAUCGACCAGGAGGUUGCCCCUGUUGCCAUUGGUGUUAUGAGUUGUGCUAUGGGCAUACUAAUCACCGUGGUACUUAUCGCGGCCAUAACCCCUGGAUUCCUUGUUGCUGGCGUUUUCAUCACGGGCUUAUACAUUCUGGUCGGCAUGUUUUACCUCCGAGCGUCCAGAGAUCUCAAGCGGCUCGAGUCAGUGAACCGAAGUCCCCUGUUCCAGCAGUUUGGCGAGACACUCUCUGGAGUCACCACUAUUCGUGCCUAUGGCGAUGAGCGACGGUUUAUCCGGGAGAACCUGACCAGGAUCAACACACAGGCUCGUCCGUUCAUCUAUCUCUGGGCUGCUAACAGGUGGCUCGCGUUUCGAACGGACCUUCUAGGUGAUUUUGUGGCGUUCUUCGCCGGCGUUUUCGUCAUUCUAAGCCUAGGAAAGAUCGAUGCCGGCUCUGCAGGUGUAUCCUUGAGCUACGCCAUCGGGUUUUCUGAGAAUAUUCUAUGGCUUGUACGACUAUACGCGAUGAAUGAGCAGAAUAUGAAUUCUGUCGAACGUGUUAAAGAGUACCUUGACGUGGAACAGGAAGCUGCCCCGAUCAACGAGAAGAACCGUCCUGCUCAGGAUUGGCCUGCUCAUGGAGCUGUGGAAUUCGUUAAUUAUUCUACGAGGUACCGCAAAGAACUGGACCCUGUUUUAAAGAAUGUUACCUUCAAGAUCGAACCUCGCGAAAAGGUUGGCAUCGUGGGACGAACUGGUGCCGGAAAGAGUUCUCUCACGCUAGCAAUCUUCCGUGCACUAGAAGCGGAAACUGGAAAAAUCAUGAUCGACGACAUUGAUAUUGCUACGAUUGGCCUACAAGAUCUCCGAGAAGCUAUUACUAUCGUGCCCCAGGAUCCUACCCUUUUCACCGGAACCAUCCGAACAAACCUUGAUCCUUUUGACCUUUAUACUGACGAGGAAGUUUUCUCUGCUCUUAAGAAAGUCCGGCUUAUUGGCCCGAACGAAAUACUUCCGUCAACUACUCAGUCCCUUCUGUCUUCGGCGGAGAACAGUGAAGUUCAGGAUUCCCAAGAACCAACCAGCCCCUCUUCACCUACUACAACGAACAAAAACAUUUUCCUUGACCUAUCCUCUCCGGUUGCAGAGUCGGGCUCGAAUCUUUCGCAAGGUCAGAGGCAACUUCUCUGUCUAGCUCGUGCUAUGCUCAAGAACCCCAACGUUCUGGUGAUGGACGAGGCUACGGCAUCGAUCGACUAUGCUACGGACUCAAAAAUUCAAGAGACGAUCCGUGAUCUGAAGAGCACGAUCAUCACGAUCGCGCAUCGACUCGCCACUAUCGUUGAUUAUGACAAGGUAUUGGUACUGGACCACGGUGCGGUUGUUGAAUACGGCCAUCCACAUGAACUUCUACAGAAUGAGAAUGGAAAUUUCAGAAGCAUGUGUGAGAUGAGCGGGGAUAUGGAAGUUCUAACCAAGGCAGCUAAGAAGGCGUGGGAUGACAAGAAACUCGUGGAUGACGAGUAGGGAAUCAUCCGCGUACAUUGACGAACUCGAGAUAAACGAAUGGGCGGAGGGGAAUGGAUGUAUGUAUGAAGUGAGAAAUGCCUUGAUGACUAGGAUACACCGUUCAUACGGUGAAGUGCGUACCUCUUCCUAUGACACUCCGGGCGUGGUUGGCGUUGGCAGUAACCAAACUGUUCCGGGGCGAUUUGCCCUCUGAGAUGCAACUGUAUAUAUGGAUUAGAGGCGCCAAAUAUGUAAUGAAAUCAUUAUUGUCAUGAGGUGUCAUGUUUCACGUGAUGUAUGUAUUGUAUAACGUCUGAUGUGGCAUUCGAUAUGAUAUCCUUGGAAUGCAAACAUGUCUGGUGGUUGAUGAUAUGUGCCUGGUAUGAUGAUGAACCAAAAG